AGUGCACUGUUAUCUGCAGCUGACGAGCCCGUGCCGUCUGUGCCCACCCUCGCUGAGCACGAUGCCGUCGCGGCCGCAGGAUCGGGGCUGUCGCUCAGCGCCCAUCGCCUCAGGAAGCGCCUCCGGAGGGGCACGGUGCCCAAGAAGCCUCGCAGUGGGAGCAUCCAUCAGCUGAGAAAACCGAGCUGGUUGUGAAGCCUGGUCAGAUGGAGACUGCCACAGAACCGUGGCAAAUGGAAAGCUCUGAAGCAUCCCUUCCUCCCCCCUUAAUUGUGCUUGAAAACGUACGGGAAACCAUAAGCAGUUUCAUGUUAACCAUGCUGGUGGAGAACAUCAGUGACUUGUCGGAGGAAGAUGGUGACUUCACUGUGGAAAUGAUACCUGAACUGCGGGCUGCUGUUGUUGCUUUUACUGGAAAUGCUGCUACAGCAGACAUUGUUAAGAAGCUAAAUCAAAGCGAAAGAGCAAAGAAGCAAAACUUAAGUGCACAUCUCCUCGAGUUAACAAACUGUAUUAGAGCUGAAAAUAUACCACCUAACACACCCAGUGACUAUAUAUCCAUCUACUUUGAGAACAAGAAGAAUGGAGGUGCACAAGUGGUGGACAUUCUUCAACUGUGUGAUGAAGGUGCAGCUAUCAUUACGUUCAAGAACCAUCAAGAUGUAAACAAUGUCUUGUCAAAGCAGCACUCGCUCAGCAAAAGACCGAUAUCUGUCUAUUCUUCUAAGGGCCUCUGUCUUGGAUGACUUGAAGAAUAAAGGUGUGAAAAUUGACUUCAGUAAAGUUAUAUCCUUGAGCGGACCGAGAAGAGAGGUGCUGAAAGGAACUACCCUGAUUGAGCAAAUGCUGUCCGGGCUGCAUUACAAGCGUGUGUUAAUUAAUGAGCCAGGAGCCAGGUCGUAUUUCAAAGAAAGAGAAUGCUUUUUUGCUGCCAGUGUGAAACAUGAGUGUAACUGUCUAAUCAGACUGGAAGAGCAGCCAGAAGAGUAUCUGGAAGAACAACAAGCACACACUAACGUAGGCAAGCGCUAUACACAGAUGACAGUGCAGGGAGUUCUAAUAGAGGUUUAUAAAGCCAACUUGUGCACUCAUCACGUUGAUGUUGUGGUGAACGCAUCAAAUGAAGACCUAAAACACAUUGGUGGCCUCGCUUGGGCACUGCUCCAAGCAGCUGGUCCAGAGCUGCAGGCUGAGUGCGAUGAGGUGGUGAGGAAGAACGGGCGUCUGCAGGCCGGGUGUGCAGUGAUCACAGGAGCGGGGAAGCUCCCCUGCAAACAGGUCAUCCAUGCUGUUGGGCCCCGGUGGAAGGAGCAGGAUGCAGGAAAGUGUAUGCACUUGUUAAAAAAGACCAUCAAAAUGAGCCUGCAGCUGGCUGAAACGUAUAAUCAUCGCUCCAUAGCUUUCCCUUCUGUAAGCGGAGGGAUUUUUGGCUUCCCGCUGCACAAGUGUGUAAAUGCAAUUGUGUCAGCCAUCAAGAAAACCCUGGAAGAAUUCAACGGGAAAAGCAACUUGAAGGAGAUUCAUCUUGUGGAUAUCAUAGAGGAUAACGUUCAGGCUUUCAUCAAGGCACUGAAAGAAGUGUUUUCAGAUGAUGUACCUCUUAACGACCCCGUGCAAUCUCUUAACACUCAGACCAACAUUGUUCGUCAGCCUAGCAAAAGGACAGCUUCUCAAAGUGGCAUGAACUUUGCAUUGGUAACAACUGAGGAAGGCCUUGACAUCAUGCUGAAAAAAGGAAGCAUUGAAGAUGUCACAACAGAUGGUGUUGUCAUCAGUGUUGGUGGAGAUCUACAGCUUGACAAAGGACAACUUGCCAAAGCCUUGCUAAGCAAGGCAGGACCAAGGCUUCAGGCAGACCUACAUGACGAAGGCCUGGGAAAAUCACAUGGUGAAGGAUCUGUGUUCAUAACAAAAGGUUACAGUCUGAGUUGCAGUUAUGUGUUUCAUGCUGUUACACCUAGUUGGUCACAGGGAAGUGAAUCUGCAGUGAAGAUCUUGGGCCGGAUUGUCACAAAAUGCCUGCAAUCUGCCGAGGAACUAUCUUUGAAGUCCGUUACUUUCCCAGCGAUUGGAACAGGGAUCUUAGGUUUCCCAGGUUCUGUUGUUGCUAAAUUGCUGUUUGACACGGCGUAUGAGUUCAGUAAUAAAAAGAAAACCAAUUCUCUUCGGGAAGUUCACUUUCUGUUGCAUCCAAAAGAUGUAAACAAUCUUCAGGCAUUUUCAAAUGAAUUUGAGAGACGGUGUGGCAAUGAUGUAGAUGAGGCUAGCGAAGGCACAGGUGGCGAUGUAUAUGAAAUGACAAUUGGCUACAUCACGUUCCAGGUGGCCGCUGGUGAUACUACCAAGGAAACUGGAGAUGUCAUUGUAAACAUAUCAAACAAAUCUUUCAACCUCAAGACAGGUGUCUCUAAAGCAAUUUUGGAAGGUGCUGGGAAAGAGGUUGAAAAUGAAUGUGCUGAACUAGCCUUGAAGCCUAAUGAUGGCUAUAUAACCACCAAAGCAGGAAGCUUGCUGUGCAAAAAAAUAAUCCAUUUUGUUGCUCAAGAUGAUGUUAAAGUGCCAGUCUCCAAAGUGCUUCGGGAAUGCGAAUUACAGCAGUGCACCUCUGUUACCUUCCCAGCGACUGGAACAGGUCAGGCAGGCUGUUUUCCAGAUACAGUAGCUGAUGAGAUGAUGGAUGCAAUAACUGAGUUUGCAAGGAGCAACUCUACUCCAUCUGUGAAAACUAUUAAAAUUGUCAUUUUUCAGUCAUAUCUGCUGAACGUGUUCCAUACAAGCAUGAAAAAAAGAGAAAAUCCUGGUAAAACAAAAUCAAAAUCAUUUCUUUCCAGGAUGGCAUCAUUCCUGAUCCCUGAGAAGCAUCCUCCAAAGGAAAAACGCAAAGCAGUUUUGGAAAAUAAAGUUGAUCGGGCUGUUGUUCAGAUUUGCGGUGAAAACGAGAAACAAGUGGAAGAAGCAGAAACCUUGCUGAAAAGUACAUUUCUGAAGGAACAGUUUCAAAGAGAAAUCAAGGAUGACUCCAUCUUGGAUUCUGAUGAGGCAUAGAAUGAGGAACUGUGUGACCUACAGAAGAGAUUAAAUAUUGCUCUGUUCUUGGGAGACAACUUUAUUCGAAUUACAGGAUUUAGCAAAGAUGUCUGGUUUGCUUACUCAAGUAUCCAAGAUAUGAUCCACAGGGUUAAAACUGCUAAAUAUGAAGCGAUCAAGGCAGAACUUUAUCAAAACCUAAUUGAGUGGAAAUAUUUGGAAAAAGAUUCCUAUGUGUUCUUUGACAGUAUGACAAAUAUGUGCUUGGAAAGUGCUUUUAUAAGAAAGCAGAAAGAUGUUUCAGUCGUCAUUAACAAGAAAAAGUACAUGGUGAAUAUAGAAAGUAGAUAUGCUACAGAUGAGGAAGGAAAACGUAUAACACUCACACGUACUGAUAAAUCUGCAGAUCAGGAAUCAACAGCACUCCCCGAAAAAUGGGACGAUAUGCAAAAUCAGCAGCUCAAAAUAGUGAAAUUGAAACCAGAUACAAAAGACUACAACGAAGUGAAGGAAAGGUUUCUGAAGACCACUCCGUCACUAAAUCUAAAAAUUGAAAAGAUCGAAAGAGUACAGAACCCAUCUUUGUGGAAAGUCUACCAAAUAAAAAAGUGUCAAAUGGAUGCCAAAAAUGGCAACAACAAUAAUGAGAAGUUUCUGUUCCAUGGGACAAGUGCAGAAUCAUUAACUUUCAUUAGCAACUAUGGAUGUAACCGCAGCUAUGCUGGAACGCACGCUGCGCAGUAUGGAAAUGGAACUUACUUUGCUGUUAAUGCCAGCUAUUCUGCUAAUGACACCUACUCAAAACCAGAUGCCAAUGGGAAGAAGCACAUGUACCUGGCUCGAGUCCUUGUUGGACAGUAUUCCCAGGAGACACAAGGAGCAAUUACUCCAGCAGUAAAGAGUGUUGGCAACAGUGUGGAUCUGUUUGACAGUUCAACUGAUAAUGUGAACAAUCCAUCCAUGUUUAUUGUAUUUAAUGAUAUUCAAGCUUACCCGGAGUACCUUAUCACUUUCACUAGAUGAGCAUUUUGAUUGCAGCCAUGAUUGCAUGUCUCUUAGCUUUUAUGUUAUAAAUCAGUCCUACAGAUCAACCAAAUAUGCAGUGAGAACUAUUUAUAGUUUUUUCAAAUUAAUUUCUAAAGGCCUGUUUAUGUUCAAGCAGCCUCUGGUUCUUUUUGAUGUCCUGAGCAUAGACUAAUGUUUUUCCUCUCAGAGUAAUAGCUGAAUGCAUUUAAGACAAGUUUAAUCUGGCAUGUAGUCUAACAGCAGUUUCCAGUAGACGUCCCACGCCUCUCCUAUCGUGAUCCUCCAUGCUGUGUUCUGGCCAUCCUAGCUGCAGCAGUGCUGGUGGGGGAGAGUGAGAGACAGAGUGCUUGGUCUCACGUUUCUGAAAGAGUGAGGAGCUGUCAUCAAUUAUGAUGCAGACUGUCAUUCACAGUUCUCAAUAAAUGAACUAUCUGUACUUAAUGG